UUUUAAUGCAAUCUGUGCCCAGUGGUGCACUUUGCAACACAAAGGAAAUCAGAGCUCAACUAUACGAAGAGAAAAUGCAUAAUCGUAGUUACUUGAACUUAUUUUUUUCACACUUGUCUAUUGUAAUACUGUCAAAGCAUUUAAUUACAGCAGAUUUAAACACGAAGAACAUAUUAUUUUUAUAUGUAGACGACUUGCGCCAUCUACACGAUCAAAAUGUAAACUUACCAAAUAUUAAUAAAAUUGCGGGAAGUGGAAUAACAUUUAAAAAUGCAUUUUGUCAGCAAGCUUUAUGUGCUCCAAGCCGAAACUCUCUCCUUACUGGUCGUCGGCCGGACACCUUACGUCUUUAUGAUUUUUAUAGUUAUUGGCGCCAUGAAGUAGCCAAUUUUACAACAUUACCACAACUGUUAAAAGCAAACGGCUAUCACACAUAUUCCGUGGGUAAAAUUUUUCAUCCGGGCGCAAGUUCAAACUAUUCGGACGAUUACCCAUACAGUUGGUCAGAAUUACCUUACCAUCCACCAUCUGAUGUAUAUAAAGAUGCCGCGGUAUGCAGAGACAAAGCAACAAAACAAUUACAUAGUAAUCUCCUUUGCCCUGUAAAGGUGAAUGAACAACCCGAUAAGACGUUACCCGAUUUACAAUCUUUAAAAGUUGCUAUAAAUAUACUCAAGGAAAAUAAGUAUCUGCCAUUUUUCCUCGCAGUUGGGUUUCACAAGCCGCAUAUACCUUUAAAAUUCCCAGCACGUUACUUAGGUCAAAUUCCAAAGAAUAAUAUACAUCCGCCAAAGUUUCCCAAAAUGCCAGAAAAGAUGCCAUUAGUCGCUUGGCAUCCGUGGCGUGAUGUUCGUAAAAGAGACGACAUACGGCAACUUAAUAUAUCGUAUCCAAUGGGUACUAUGCCUCCAGAAUGGACGUUUAGAAUACGACGGAACUAUUAUGCUGCAGCUCUUUACAUCGAUGAUCUAAUAGGAAAUUUAAUGAGAUACGUCAAUACUAGUAACACCAUAAUAGUACUAACUAGCGAUCAUGGUUGGUCGUUGGGUGAGAAUGGUUUAUGGGCAAAAUACAGUAACUUCGACGUAGCAUUAAAAGUGCCACUAAUUUUUAACAUUCCGGGAUUUUCUCCAAAUAUUAUACACACCCCAGUUGAACAAAUCGACGUUUUUCCAACUAUAGCCGAUCUAAUUGGUAUACAAGGAAUACCGAAAUGUAAGAAAACCAGAGACAAAUCUCUAUGUUUUGAGGGUAAAAGUCUUCUUCCAAUAAUGGCGGGUAAAAAUCAAAAUGGCGGCUUCGCUAUAAGUCAAUAUCCUAGACCGUCAGUGACACCACGUAAUAAUUCGGAUUCACCUCGUUUAAAGGAAAUAAUAAUAAUGGGAUAUAGUAUACGAACACAACAAUAUCGUUUUACUGAAUGGAUAUCUUUUAAUAGUACUACUUUCGGAAGAGAUUGGAGCAAAGUGUACGGCAGUGAAUUAUACGACCACUUGUUUGAUCCUGACGAAUCUAAUAAUGUGUACAAAGAAGAUAAAUACAGAUAUAUCAAAGAGAAAUUGUUAAAAAUGCUAAUAGAACAAGUGGAAAAUAAUUAAGAUAGUUUUAAGAAUAAAUCCAGCGAUAUUUCUUGUAUAAGAGGUAAUAGACAGUUUAGUUACUAGUAUACUUUAUGUUUAUGGGUUCAUAUUUGUAAUUCCUUAUUAUGUUUAUCAUGAAAAUAAAAAUACUACAAAUACUUCAACAUAUUAUAUUUAUUACAAUGUAAUAUUUGGAUUAUUAGGUCUUUUAUAAAGUAAUCAUUAAGGGUCAGUUUUACGAAAUAUUACAGAAGUUACUAUUUGGUAGUAUAUUAUUCUUACGAGAUAAAAGACUUAUAAAGUAGACGAGGAAUAAAUAUAUUUCAACUUACAAUACAUUCUUAAUUAUGAAAUAUUUUAUUUAAUAAAGGAAUAUCGA